UUAUUUGCGUCCUUCAAUUGAUGAAGCCCUAACUUCGCCGUUCAUUCAUUUAUCCAUUUCCUCUCUCAAUUACAAGAAGCUUUCGUCGACGGUUGUUGCUGAAUCAUCAGCUUCCAUUUCUAGGUUUACAAGGUACAGGAUUACUGUUUUCUGAGUGGUUCAAGAAGGUGUAGCUGUGAUUCUAAAGAGCUCUUUCUCCCUUCAUUAAACAUGCCGCCAGAACUACCGGGAUUUUACUUUGAUGAGGUGAAAAAUAGGUACUUUCCUGUCAAAGGACCAAUUCCUGGAUCAUCCCGCGCCGCUUCUUCUGUUUCUGUUUCUGCUCCCAGUUCAUCUUCUUCCACGCUAUUCAGGACGAAAAUAAAAAUUCCCAAGGCAGUUAUGGCAAGAGAGUUGCACGGCAAUGUAAUUCAUUCAAGAAAAGGCAGCUACAAUUUUCAGAUGGAAUGUCACAAGAGACAUGUGUCUCAUCCUACGGUCUGGAAAUACCGAGGGACAGAAAGUACCGGUGAUGGUGGUUUGGAACAAUUACAUAUUGAUAUAAAUAUGCCAGAUGAACUUUUAAGAACAGAUAUACUGUUAGCAGGUGGAUUAAAUGGCUCUUUGAGUCUUUUUGUAGUUGGGAAAGAAGGACGACAAUUUAUUAAUGGGAGAAAAUCCGUGCCAGAUUGUGUAUGGCCCACAAAUCCUGAAAAUCCUGAAGGGCGUGUCCAAAAUCCUGGGAAUCUCUGGAGACCUGCUGGAGCUGUGAUUCAAAUGAAUUCAAAUAUAUCUUCUAUUAAGAUGUCCAAGAAGCUAAAACGCAAUAUACUUACUGGUGCUUCAUCCAAACAACUUGUUCUGAUAACUACUCUUGGAUCUGACACAUGUGGGGGAUCUGUACAUAUCUUGAACCUCAGUGAACCAUUGGGCAAUAAUCCUACUAUUACAUCAAUGAGAAGAAGGAUAUGCAAUGUUACUCCAUUUAACACUACAGUGUGGACUGCAGAUUGCAACUAUGAUGGGACUCGAGCAGCAAUUGGCACAAGUAUGGGAGCUUCAUUACUGAAUAUAGAAACUAAUAGCAUAGCAUGGGUGAUGCGUAGCAAGAGCGAUGUCUUGUCAUUACAGCUUGAUGACUCGGGAAAUACUGUUUUAUGCGGUCUGAGAAAUGGGGCAAUAUUGACAUUUGAUACACGGGAAAAAUCUCAAUGUAGACUUCCCAGGCGUCGAAUUCCCUAUCCUUCUCGUGCAGCUGCUGAACCUCAACCAAAACGAAGGAAGGGCACACCUACUAAAUGGUUUGAAUUGAGAGGACAUAUGGAUGAAUCGAAAAACUUUUCUAUGCCCUCAUCCAUUACAUGGAUGGAAUCACUUCAAUUGUACGACCAAUACUUCUUGACGAGCUCUAUGGAUGGCCUAAUUAGGCUUUAUGAUCAUCGACUCAUUGAUAGAGGUCCAGUACAAUCCUACGAAGGGAAUGUGAAUUCUCACACUCGAAUGCAGCUUGCAGUUGAUCCAUAUGAGCGAGUACUCAUGUCAGGCGGAGAAGACUGCAAAACAAGGUUAUGGAGUAUAAAAUCCGGUGAAUUACUAUACGAGAAAAAGUUCAUGGACUCUGUUCCCUCGGUUGUGAGCUGGCCUCUGAAAGAAACAUUUGAAGGAUCAAAUGGAUGGGAUCAUAGCUGUGGGGCCUGGGUUGCAUCAGAUGAAGGAAUAUUUAACAUGCGAUGGUGACUUGACAAGAAGGAGGUAUGCGUUUUUUUGCUCAUUGUUUGUGAUGAAUACUUGACUAGAAGUGUUAGAGAAAGAAAGAUGAUGGUGUGAAAGUUAGAAGGCAACUAACCUUUUUUUUUCUUAGGAGGUUAGAUUAUGUUUUCUUGUAGCUUAAAGGAAAGACAAAAGUGGAAGUGAAUAUACAAAACAAAGUACUAUGAAAUUCAAAUUGUUUGAAAAUUUGGAACUGAA